CUGACGGCGAGAGGAGCACAUACAAAACGUCAAACGUGUGUGCGGUAAGAUGAGUGAUAUUAAAAAUACCGUCAUCGGAAUUUUGAUCGCCGGUUUCAUAAUUUGUGGCAUAUAUCAUUUAAAGUGUAAGUCAACCGAAGAGUCAUGUACCGAUCAGUGUUACAAUGGAGGUAGCUUUAUUCAGGACACCAAGACAUGCACCUGUGCUAAAGGAUACGGUGGACCAUGUUGUGAGUUUAAGACCCAGAUGUGUCACAUUGGUCAGUGGUCUGAGUGGACGCCUUGUACCAAAAUGUGUGGUCCUGGUGGUAUCCAGUUUAGAAGUAGGGAGAAUGAUUGUUUCGACUUGCAACACUUUCUUAACUAUACUUCCGAGCAAAGAGCUUGUAACGUUUAUUGUUUUUAUGGGGAAAUUCCAUCGAAUGUUAGCAACGAAUGUAUCUGUCAGAGCGGCUACGGCGGCGAAUGUUGCGAGUGUAAGAUACAAGACUGUGAACUCACCCCAUGGAGCGAGUGGUCAGCAUGCACGCGGGUGUGUGGACCACAGGGUACGCGAUUUAGAACACGUAAUGUGGCCAAACCGUCUGCUUGUGGUGGAUCCACGUGUCCCGGGAUCCUUACCGAGAUAGAGGAGUGUAAUGGGAAAUGUUAUAACAAUGGAACUCUAGAUGAAGGGGACUCAUGCACGUGCCCAGCCGGAUACAAUGGACAGUGCUGUGAGUGCAAGAUUCAAGAUUGUGUUAUGACCCUGUGGAGCGACUGGUCAGUUUGUUCUCACACGUGCGGGCCACAUGGAACAUCAUUCCGAACGCGUAAUGUCCAAAAUGCAUCUCGGUGUGGCGGAACAGAGUGCUCUGCAAUAUUCACAGAACAAAAGCCAUGUAAUAGGAUGUGCGACAACGAAGGACUUUUGGACAACGAUGCGGGUGAAUGCAAGUGCCCGGACGGAUUCAGUGGUCAGUGCUGCCAAUGCAAAAACGUUGACUGUGAACUUAGCAACUGGAGUGAAUGGUCAACGUGCGAGAAGGCAACGCGUCAAGUACGAUCACGUGACAUCAUAAAACAGCCGGAAUGCGCGGGGCAUCCAUGUGAGGGAUCACUAACUGAAAAUCGUUCUUGUGAAGUAGCAAGUAACAAUUAUGUUGUCCCGAAAUGGUCAGUGUUCGUUGUUGGUGGGUAUUGUGUAUUGAAUACGAUUUUUAUAGUCUCAAUUAUAAUAGUAAUAAUAGUUUUGGGUACUUUAAGUUCAUUAAGCCCUUACAAUAAUUAUUUGAUCAAUAUUCUUUUAACUUUUCAUAAUAUAAUAAUAAUUAUUAUAAUUAUUAUUAAUAAUUUCAUAAUGAUACAGGUGAGUCGAUUGCUAGUGUUUACAUACUAAAGAUUUAGUAGUUUUCAUUUAUGGUUCCAUAAGCUUCUACUGACUGAGCAGCGCUUAACUGUAAUCCGAGCCCCCAC